UUCUCCAGCAGAGUCAACACGCAGUGUAGCCCGAUUCAGUGAACGGAUAAAAAGCGGCACCUAACGUGGAACGAUGUUGCCCAGGAGCGUAAACUGUAUGUUGUGACCAUGUGUCUAUGGAUUAUAGUAUUGUCCACCCAUGGAACCAUCGCUGCCAGGAGCAAGCAGGAUGACUCUUUCUUCACUGGCAGCAUUUACCGUGCUAGAUGCGCCUCAAGAUGUCUCAGCCUGCACAUCACUCGCAUCUCUGCUUUUUUUAAGCACUCUCAGAACAACGGGUCCUUGGUGUGGUGUCAGAAUCACAAACAGUGCUCCAAGUGCCUGGAACCCUGCAAGGAAUUCUGGGACCUGAAGGAAAACCAGUGCCAGGACUUAUGCGAGCCCCUCUUUCCGAAGAAGCACUACGAGUGCCUGACGAGCUGCGAGUUCCUGAAGUCCGUGGAGGGCGUGAAGCAGGGGGACUGCCCGGCCCCCGACAAGGCCAGUGGCUUUGCGGCCGCCUGCGUGGAGAGCUGUGAGGAGGACGGGGAAUGCUCCACCGUCAAGAAGUGUUGCUCCAAUGACUGUGGACACACCUGUCAGACCCCCAAAAACCUCUACAAAGGAGCGCCGCUCAAGCCCAGGAAGGAGCUGGUGUUUCUGGAGCAGCCGUCCGGAGGCCUGGAGAUCCGCUGGUCCUCUAAGUUCAACAUCUCCGUGGAGCCCGUUCUGUAUGUGGUACAGCGCCGCUGGAACUACGGCAUCCAUCCCAGUGAAGACGACGCCACCGAGUGGGAGUCCGCGGCGCAGACUACAGAGGAGCGCGUCCAACUGGCCGACAUCAGAGCCAGCAGAUGGUACCAGUUCAGAGUGGCGGCUGUCAAUGUGCACGGGACCCGAGGCUUUACUGCCCCAAGCAAACACUUCCGCUCCUCCAGAGAUCCCGCCGCCCCCCCCAGCCCGGACAGCCUACGCGUCACCAACAUGACCGUGGGAGCUGAGGGGACGAUGACAGCCCGUCUCAACUGGACCCUGCCCGAGGAGCCCGACAUCCCAGUGCAUCACUACAAAGUGUUCUGGAGCUGGACCGUCCCCGGCAAGUCCCUGGUGCCGUCCAAGAAGAAGAGGCGGAUGAUUACCAACGGGGCCCAGAGCUGGGUGGACAUGGAGGGGCUGCUCGCCAACAGUAGCUACACCGUGGAGCUGCAGGCUGUCACCUAUUGGGGUCAGGUCCGUCUGAAGAGCUCCAAGGCUUCGCUCCAAUUCAACACCACCGCCCAGAACGUCUCCGUGUUGAAGAAAGACAAGAAGGAGGAGGUGAUGAUUCCAGUGGGCUCCUCCUUGGGCAAGCGCCCCGCAGGCACCCUGGAAGUGGGUACCCCCUUCUACCAGGAUGGCCAGCUGCAGGUCCGUGUUUACUGGAAGAAUCGAGGAGACCCUCUGGUGAGUCGUUACCAUGUCCAGUGGAUGCCGGAGUACUGCAGCCAUAACGACACCAGAGAACCAGAGAAGUCUGUGACACAGGAGAACUACAUCAACCUUCCCGGGCUGCUCUUCUCCUGCAAGUACAAAGUCACCGUCCACGUCCUCAAGUCCAAGAGGCGCGCCAAGGAUGAGAGCGCCACCUUCCUCACCCCGUCCUGCUCAACCAUCAGGAGCAAGAGCCACAAACACAUCCCCUGUCCCGGGGAGGGAGCCCCGGCUCCCAAAGUGUUGGCUAAGCCAGAAAACCUGACGGCGUCUUUCUCCAUUCACGAGGGAAACAUCACGGGCAACUUCCUGUGGCGCGUGUCACGGGUCCUGGCCCAUCAGCGAAUCACAGGCUUCCAGGUCACUUGGGCCGAGGUCACCACGGAGAGCCGACAAAACAGCCUGCCCAACAGCAUCAUCUCCCAGUCACAAAUCUUGCCUCCAGACCAUAACCUGCUGGUGGUGUCCAACCUGCGGCCGGCCACCUACUACAGACUGGAGGUCCAGGUGAUCACGUCAGGAGGGGAGGGUCCGGCCACCGUCAAGACCUUUCAGACCCCCAGCGUGCUACCAGUCCUGCAACACCGACCCAGACUCAGGCAACACCAUGCACACCAGAAGCCCUCAGCAGAGAGACAUUGAAGCUCUUGUCCUCAUCAGACCCAGUGGGACCAGGACCAAAAUCUCUCAGCGGCACCACCCAGGGAGGGAAUUCAAUGUGGAACCAGACAGAAACACAGCAAAUACAGCAGGCCAUGAACUCUGACCCAAACCCGUGUGAUGCGGGUUGUACAGAAUAGCUUUCCCCCCCGCAGUUCUUUUUGAUUCCACCCAAUGACUGUGCUCUCUGCAACAUACAGUCAGAUAUGUGCUGUAGGACUCUUUGCUUUUAGGACUGAGUAGUUCGUUCUCCCAUUAGUUCACCGAAAUCUUUGUUGGACUGGAAGAGAAAGGUGAUCCAGGUGUUUUCAGUCUAAUAGAUCCAAAUGCAAAGCAACAUCAAUUCCAACUGUAUAUCUUUUAGAGAAAAUGACUUGCUAGAAAAAAUGAGGUUGCUAGAAAAAAAAGUUUAACAAAAUGGUAACUAAAUUGAAGACACUUGAAAAACGAUGGAGAAAAUGCCAUACAAUUGUAAAACACAAUCAUGUAUUGAUAGAGAAAGGAGCGAUGGAUUUCACCUAUUUAUUUAGUUUUAAGUAAAACAUGGCUCAUAGGCAAACCAUAUGUACUGCUGAAUGGCUAAAACCAGUGUAGCUUAAACCAGAAUAUUUCUCCUAGUAUGUUGCAUGUAGAAGUACAAUUGAUUUUAACUGUAAAUGAAUUACUAGCUUCAAAUUGAAUGCUUGUCAUGGUUUUGCAUGUCAAGCGUCAGUGUUCUGUAGGCAUGAAUACAUCUGUGUUACCUCUUUUGAAUAUGUUAGCAAUGUUUUAUUAACAGAUUAACAGAGAAUUAUAUGGGGAAUAAUAUGUCAUGUUUAUUAAUGAAAUUAUAACUUUGUGUGGAAAUGAUGGAAUUUUAUGUUCUUGGCUGUAGAAAUAUUUGUUGUGCAACAGUCAGUGAAUGUCUAUAUUUAUUUAUGUGUGUAUUACAAAGUUUCAUUUGCGUGUGGAUGUGUGUGAAUGUGUUUUAUUCUGUGUUUUAGUCUAGCGUUUUUGAACCGGCAAAACAUCUUGUAAAGACAUUUUGUAAAAAUCGAAUUGUAAAUAUAGUCUUAUGUUACAUGUUAUUUUUCCAUGGUAGAAACUGUACAAACUGUUAAGUAAUAAAAUAAUCCUUAACCUA